CGGGUGGUGGCGAACUCCGCCUCUGGCGGGUGACACCGAUUUGACAGCUGGUGGCAGGAAUGGCACACCUGGCGAACCAUCACGCUCUCCGCUUCCUUGAUCAAUCCGAGCUAGUUCAACGCCUGUCGGGGCUGUCGUCGAAUCCAAAAAAUCCUAUAAUAAAGAUUCCAAUUCUUCACAGCCCAUAGGCGCUCUCAAAAGCCACCAUCCGUCAAACACUGUACAGGAAUCAUUCGCCGGGGCCGGCCGCUCAUCGCCGUUCGCCCUUCCCCAACCAACGCCUGUCAACCAUAUACAGCCACUAUUCCUUGCCCGUCUCACCCUAUUUCCAUCAUUGCUCGCUAUGAAAAGUAAGACAUACAUACACAUGUGAUUCAGGCAACAAUUAUUUCUUGAGAUGGAGCCCAACGGUAGAGGGCGGUACAACCACGCCGUGGAAUCCCUGCGGAGCACCGAGUAUCCUAUGCUUCAAGAUGCAACAUAUCUUGACCAUGCUGGAUCAACAGCACCCUCCAAAACGCUCAUGCAGGACCUUGCGACUGAACUAACGUCAACACUCUACGGAAACCCUCACUCUGGUUCAACACCAUCUCAGCUUUCGACAACGCGAAUCGAUGACGUGCGACUGCGACUGCUCAACUUUUUCAAUGCCUCGUCUUCGCAGUAUGAUCUGGUGUUUGUCGCCAAUGCCACAGCCGGCAUUAAACUCGUUCUGGAAGGGAUGCGAUCCAACUUUGAUUCCUUUCGGUAUGCCUAUCAUCAAGCUUGCCAUACCAGUGUCAUUGGAAUUCGUGAGGAGGCGGUGGAGAGCAUAUGCUUUUCAAACCAAGACGUACCAACUAUCCUGGAAGGCGAAAGCAUCUUCUCUGAAUCCACCAAACCAAUGCCGACAUUAUACUCUUACUCAGCGCAAUCACAUUUAGAUGGGAGGCAAUAUCCAAUCUCAUGGACUCGACAAUUAAAACAAGCUCAUACAAGUGAGAGGGCUUACACACUUUUGGAUUGUGCAUCAUAUGCAUCGACGUCACCGCUUGAUAUGAGUCACCCAGAUUUUGACGCUGAUUUUGUGGUCUUGAGCUUGUACAAAAUAUUCGGAUUCCCAGACCUUGGUGUCCUAUUGGUUAAGAAUGAUGCCGCUAAUAUCUUCAACAAGCGAAAGUAUUUCGGCGGCGGCACUGUUGAUUUGGUGGUAUGUUCGAAAGAGAACUGGAGCGCUCGCAAAACCUCUUUUCUACACGAAGCACUGGAAGAUGGCACUCUCCCAUUUCACAAUAUCAUUGCGGCCGGUAUAGCCCUAGAUUCCCAAAGAAGACUCUAUGGGUCCAUGGAAACUGUUAAACAGCAUACACGAUAUUUGACAGAGCGGACAUAUUCAGCACUGACCACUCUUCGGCAUGGAAACGGACGGCCAGUCUGUCAUGUUUACUCUGAUAAUCCUGCAGAAGAGCUAUCUGGACCCAUCAUUGCCCUUAAUCUGAGGAACCAAUUCGGACAAUGGACAUCCUUGGAGGAGUUUGAAAAGCUCGCAGUUCUAAAACGGAUCCAUGUUCGAACUGGUAGCGCGUGCAGUCCAGGUGGUAUAGCCGCCGCACUCAACUUGGAGCCUUGGGAGCUACGCCAAAACUUUUCUGCUGGAUUCAGAUGUGGAAUGGAUAGUAGUGCGUUGAAUGGCAAACCAGCAGGUGUUAUCCGUGUCAGCUUCGGAGCUAUGAGCACUGAAGCCGAUGCUGAUGCAUUUAUCAGUUUUGUCCAAGAGUUCUUCCAGGAACACCAUGCUGUGGUUGGCACAGGUGAACCGACCAUCACAUCUAUACCUACUUCACUUUCCCUCAAGAGCAUUAUUGUAUAUCCUAUCAAAAGCUGUGGUGGGUUUGUAGUGCCAGAUGGUAUGCCAUGGACACUUCAACCCGAGGGACUAAAAUGGGACAGGGAAUGGUGUCUUGUGCAUCAGGGCUCCGGACAAGCACUGAAUCAAAAGCGAUAUCCAAAGAUGGCUCUUUUAAAACCAACUAUCGAUUUCGAGGCUGGGGUUUUGCGAGUACGCUAUGCCGGGCAAGGAGAACCCAGUUGCCAAGUUAGCGUCCCUCUGUCUGCCGACCCUACCGUUUUCAGAGGCGCCGACAAUAGCAUCUUCUCACGAGUUUGCGGGGAUGUUGUGUCGGCACAGGUUUACUCUGACAAUGCAAUCCAUAGCUUCUUUUCGGACGUUGUUGGCGCCCCAUGUUUCUUGGCCCGCUUCCCACCUGGAGGCAAAGGGCAAGAGAGCAGACUGUCAAAGUUGUUAACAGCUUACAAUAGUCCUUCAGCAUUUACUCGAAACCCGAUACCAGGAUCAUUCCCAUCAGACGUCCCUUCUCCUCCAGACUCGGAUAGCGAGCAAUCAGACGCACCGAAACUGCUGCUAUCCAACGAGAGCCCAAUUUUGAUGGUUCAUAGCGCGAGCAUUGAUGCUUUGAACAAAACCAUUGUAGCGAACGGUGGAAUUGAAGUAUCUCCAGCAUCAUUUCGGGCCAACAUAAUUCUCUCCGGACCAGGAAAUCAAGCUUGGUCGGAGGAUAACUGGACGUGCGUACGUAUUGGUGAACAAACAUUCUCUGUGUUGGCUCCAUGUCGACGAUGCCAGAUGGUCUGCGUGGAUCAAGAAACAGGUGAAAAGGGACAAGAGCCGUACCUUACAUUGGCAAAAACUAGGAGGAUAAACGGCAAGGUAUAUUUUGGGAUGCACAUGAAACACAAUCAGAGUGCGGCUUCGAGCACUGCAGCGAUACAGGUCGGUGAUAAGGUACAGACGACAUCAUGACGGAGUCAUGUGUAUUUUAUAGCUAGCAGAACUUCGGUUGGCGUUUGGACUGUUUUAAUGUUUUGGGAACUGAACAUGUUUAUGUAUAUACUGCUGCUCUAUGGUACUAUACUUUGGUUUAAUAGCUAGCGAAUAGUUAGCAAGCGGCAACGCUUAUGAAAUGUACAACACUUACGAGAAUGGUUCGCUAUGCAUCCAAAGCUCCGAUGCAGUUUUGGGAUCCCCUGCCAUAAUCUUGCGCUGGAUAUCUGCCGUAGCGUCGGAGACGUCGUGAAUCAUGGUUGUUGGGCCGCAAACAACAACACCAACAGUUGCUUGGGCCACAGCCGCGUACUCUGACACCAGAGUAUAAAGAUCUGGUCGUGUUGUUGAGUAUGUUAUUCCGGAUGAAGAGAUGGACGAUGUGUUCUCGGAGCUGGGACUUGUGGGAUCUUCAACGACCAGCUUCUUCUCUACGUCAGAUACCAGCUCAGGCGCCGACGGCGACGUCACAGUAUUGAUAGAUGAGGCGUCACUGGUCUCGUGAAUAGAUACCGAGAUAGUAGAUGCAUCCACUAAGGAAGAUAUGCCUUGCUCCUGUAGAAUGCGGUGUAAUUCAACCAUGUACCAUUCACGCAUUUCCGUGUCUCUAGUGGCGAUGACAACAGCAAGCUGUCGAGCAGACCCGACCGCAAUCCGCAGCCAAUCUUGAAUAACUCCAAGUGUGAAUCCAGCACCAGAGCCUCCAGCAAUGAUGAUUGUCCUGUCAAAUCCCUCGGACCAUCUCGGCGAAAACCCUCCAUAUGGGCCAUCUAGCAGAACGGGCAAAGUUCUAUCAGGCGAUUUGGAAGCCAAGGUAGCGAGACGCUUGGUAAUGCCGCCUCUGGGGCGUACAAAAAAGACCAUUUCGCCAUUGUCGGGAGCAGGUAGCGUGCAGAUGGAGAAAGGGUGUGAACUCAACGCGUUGAGACCCAAGCUUGUUAAGAAUCGUAGAUACAUGUGUUGACCAGGUCUCCAUUUUGAGUUGGAAGGGAUGGAUAUACGCAGGGUGUGCGGUGUUUCAAGGCGGAUGCGAGCCGUGCGAGUGAUUCCAUGGUAAAACAGUGUUCUGAAAACAGCAUAGAGGAGGCAGCAGGUAUAAAUGACCAUGCUGGCAAUCAAGAAGUUCCAGGCUGUCAAGGCAAAUGUCGCGUGGCAAGUGACAAAGACGAGGAAGACAAUGACGAAGAACAUGUGGCUAGCUUUGAAGGCUUCAUAGAAGCGGGCGC